CACCCCAAAAUCUUCUCCCGCUCUCACACCAGAGCCACCUGCGACUGCGAGUCACAAAUUCAACCGUUUCCUCCAUGAAUCUUCUGAAGAUUCAUAACCGUCAGCCCUCAUAUUUCCUUAAUUCUCACACUGCCCCUCUCUCUCCUCCUCGAUUUCUUUCUCUUCCUUGCUUCAGAACCACUCCAUCUCUUCCUCCAUUUCCCUCACUUUCUCUCCACAAAUAUAAAUUCCCAAUUUCUAGGGUUUCGGGAACGAAACCCUCACGUUGGACCAAUGAAGAGAAGGAAGAAGAGUUCGAGGAUUUAGCCCCAAACAGCGUUGUUUACCAGAAAACGUUGAGAUUGGUGGAGUGCUCGAUGUUCGCGGCCGUCGCCGGAUUGGCGUAUUUCUUGAGCAAUUCUCUCGCAAUUGAGAAUUACUUCGGCUGUUUCUUUUCAUUGCCAAUAGUACUCUCCUCAAUGAGAUGGGGCGUUGCAGCAGGGAGAAAAACCAUGGUGGCAACCACAAUGCUAUUAUUCGUCUUGUCCGGUCCAGUGAAAGCAUCCACUUACCUACUUUUGCAUGGUUUAGUUGGUCUCACCAUGGGUUCUUUAUGGCGGUUGGGAGCGAAUUGGGGUCUUUCAAUCUGCUUGUGCACAUUUGUUCGGGCAAUGGGUGCCGUGGGGUAUGUUCUAAUAACCUCAUUCUUAAUAAGAGAAAACAUACUUGCUUUGAUCACCCUGAAUGUUCAUGCAUCCAUCACCUACAUGUUCACUGCUAUUGGUGUUAAUACAAUUCCAUCAAUGGAUCUUAUAUAUGCGUUAUUUGGGACUCUGCUUUUGCUAAAUUCUGGAUUUUUCGUGUUCUUGCUACACAUUUUGUAUGCUGUGUUCCUUAGCAGACUUGGGAUGAAGGCUUCACUAACCAUGCCAAGAUGGCUGGAGAAGGCAAUAUAAUCCUGGUAUGAAGUGAGUUGCCAUUUUCAUCGGUCUUUAUUUGUCAAUUUUUAUAAUACGAUAUUUUAUAUAUAGCUUAAGAUUCAAAAAAUGUCUCAAUGAUAUUCAUUGAUAGUCUUUACGAUCAAAGCUCCUCCCUGUGCUUGUUAUGUUUUCAAGUCAGAAUGCUUUUCCUUUUCAAUGUGCCAAAUAUGCAACUAUGAUUCAUAACUUGCAUCAGGCAAUGUUUUAAGAUUCACUUCAUGUAUCAUUUCUUUUCAGUUUUGUCAUGAUUAUAAAGUAUCAUUCAUCAUUGUGUA